AUGGAGGCGCUGCUUGCAAAAGCGACAUCUUUGCGCUCGUAUCUAAAGAUAGCCACUGAGACUCUCAUUGCUGAUGGAGACAACACUCUCGCGCAGAAUCUGAAUAAACUACCUAAUGAGGACGUCGCCUUUGCCCUAGACCAUACAUUCCUCAUCCAGUCGUAUACGAUGAGAGUCGAAGCUCUUCCUCGCACCCCGUGGAGCUGUAAAGUGAGCAUGCCACAUACCGAGUUAGUGCAUCAUGUCAUUGAGCGGCUUUUGGCACGCAAGCGAGCAAUGAAUUGGGAAGAUGCAAAUAUCCUGACUCUUGGAUACCGAGAGGUAACACCGGAAGCUGUGGGUCAUCGAGUGAUAGAGUCAAAUGGGGUCAUGUGCUACUAUCCAAACACGCUAGUGGCUGCGCUCAAGAAACCACUUUGGAUCUCUUUACACAAAAUUAUGGGUGAUGACCUAAUGAUGCACUUGUUGCUAAACUACACGAUUUUCGUGCACAUAAAAGGCAUGCCAGACUCGUCGUACAUGCAGUUAACCGGAAAAAGCUUGCGCCGACAAAAACGUCGGGAACAGAUCGAGGCUACCGAAAGUUCAAGACGAGAAGUGUCGGUUAAUCUGGUCAUGUAUGCGCGUUCGUUCGUUGAGAAUCGAGUGUUUGCGAGCUCGCAUAUAUUGGUGAAAAUGUCCAAGACAAGUGAUCUGAUUAGUCGAAGUGAAGCCUGUCGAAUCAUUCGAGUCAUUUUUCCCAGCGUUGCAGGCAUGAAUAGACUUCCAAAGCGUUUAGUCAAUCUGAUUCCCAUCAUACAAGCAAUGGUGUCGAGAUUCAAAGCUUUGCGCAUUGACGAGCUCGCAAGAAAACUAAUUCCUGUAAACGCUGAAUUCUGUAAAUUCAUGGCGACUAAUCCGGCAAUUUCACGGAAAUUGGCGGAGAGAGCAGUCGAUGGGAAAGUGUCAUCGCAACCAAUAAUCGCACCGAUUUUGCAAAGAGCACUUGAUCAUGGAUACCUGAGUCAAGGUGAAGACGUUGUACUUAGCUCUGAACGCAAGCGCAAGCGAAGAGAGGAAGCGAUUCAAUCGUUAUCAAAUGCAUCGACUAGCUGUUUGAAAUCGAAUGUGGAAAGAACAAAGCAUCUGAAGAAGAAGUUGAGAUCAAUUGACGCCGACAGAGAAAUAGAGUGUGGAAUGUUAGACUUAUUAAAGUUACAACAGCACAAAGAAGAUAUUAAGAAGCUGCUGGCUUUCGCGACAUCAAAGAAGAAGAUAUAUCGGCUCGUUCGUAAGCUAGUAACUGGAACGGUUCCAAAAGAACUUUGGGGCAAUAGCGAUACACCAAAGAAUUGGAAGCAUGUCAAAAAAUUGCUACAGAAGCUCAUCUUUUCGAGAAAGUUUGAUGUCUUUUCACUUGAAAAGUGUGCUGAACAAUUUCAGGUGACGAGGAUCGAGUGGAUGAACAAAUGUUCGAUGAAAAAGAAAUUUUGUCCACCAAAUGAACUUGUCAAGCGGCGAAAACUUGUGCAAGAUUUACUAUGGUGGGUAAUAUCUUCGAUAGUCUUUCCGUUAUUGCGCAACAUGUUCUAUAUCACUGAAUGUGAAGGAAUGGCCAACGAGGUGGCUUAUUACCAGCGUCCGGUUUGGAAUGUUAUCAGUACACUUGCUCUUUAUGAUUUGGAAGGCGGAAUUCUUCAACCUGCCGACGUUAGGUGUUUACCAGGCGAACGUCACUUAGCCACCUCUAGAUUGCGGCUACUGCCGAAAGCUAGCGGCGUUCGACCUUUGAUGAAUUUGUCCAGAGCUCUUGAUCCUACUCAAGUCUCAGUUAACAGAUCUAUGGAGGCCGUUCAUCGAGUGCUGACGUAUGAGAUGGAGCGCCAGCCACAGCGCCUCGUUGGUUGUUCAAUACAAAACAUCGACGAGGCUUACAAGCGAUUAAAACCCCUAUUUCAUCAAAUUUCGAAAUGUUCUCGCUGUAUUGAGCGACGAAGUCUAUCAGGUGAUAUUCCAAUGGCUUACUGUGUGACAGUCGAUGUUGAGCGCUGUUUUGAUACGAUUCGACCACGAAAGCUCUAUCAAAUGCUUAAAAAGGCGCUACAGGAGGAGGAGUACCUGAUCCGUAAGCAUUGGAUUGGCCGCCAGGUUGCUCCGAUUUUCUCUUCUUCAUCGAAUCAUGACGAUCCACUGCCGCCCUGCUCAUUUUUUUUCAAACUCAAACGUUUGGCUUACCCAUCUGGCGAGUUACUGGGAUUCGAUGACUUGGCAACUCAGUCUAAAAACAAAAAUGCAGUGCUUGUGGACGGUGUUCUGUAUGACUACUUGACCAAGACAAAAGCUCUUAAAUUGUUGAAGGAGCAUUUAUCCGCGAAUGUUGUUCAAUUAAACGGUCGCGAGUUCGUUCAACAGUGUGGUAUCCCGCAAGGUUCCGUGCUUUCCACGACAUUGUGUAACAUCUACUAUGCCCAUUUCGAGCGACAUAUACUUCGCAAGCACUUACCAAAAGCAUGUGACCCAGCAAUUGUGAUUGAUUCUUGUUGUCAACAUGAAGAAUUGCUACGAUAUACUGACGACUUCUUAUACAUCACAACGGAUUUAAAAAGAGCGCAAAAAUUCAUUGAUGUGAUGCAUAAGGGCAAUGAGAAAUAUGGAUGUUUUGCGAACACUGCAAAGAGUCAAGCAAAUUUUGCAGUCACCGUUACUUCUGAACAGACACAAGAAACCACAUCAUACGCACCAAAAGAGUUGAUCGCUUGGUGUGGUAUGCUAAUUGAACCAGACCAUCUGCAAGUCUACGUUCACUAUGAAAAGCUCAGUAGCUCGUUGUUGCAAGGUUCAAUUCCAUUGAACGAGACUAAGGCGGCACAGCACUUCUUUGUUAACAAGAUGCUCAUGGUAACAGCGCACCGAUUUCUGCUCCUCGUCAAUAUGCUGCCUUUUAUCAACCAGAACAUGCACUUUUUUCACAAUGCUGUAUGUCGAAUUUUAAAAAAGAUGACGAACAGCAUUUAUCGCAAUUUGGAAGAGAAUUUGAAAGUUACGGACACUACAGCUGGACAUCGGAAACAGUCGUCGAAACGCAGAUAUGAAGCACAGAAAGACCAGGUCUGGAGGGUGGGACUUUAUUGCUUUCAGCUCACAAUAAAUGCGCAAGCUCUCAAAAAUGAUGGCCAAGCAGAUUGGCAAAAACUCGUGGAGAUCAUUCAUACAGAACAGAGUAAAUUCAAAAAGCGGCCACAAAUCGCUGCAGUACGUGACCUCGAGUGGUUAUUGCAUGACCGUCGAAACGAGUGCGUGUUACAGCGAGUUUUGAAUUGCGGCUCAGCGUUUAGUGGUUGA